CCUCCCGGCGAAGAUGGCGGCGCUGCGGGCGCUGCGGUGGCGGCGGCUCCCGGGGCUCGUCCCGAGGCGGCUCCUGAGCACGGCCGAGUCCCCCGAGGAGCGGCCGCAGUUCCCGGGGGCCUCGGCCGAGUUCGCCGAGCGCCUCGAGUUCAUCCAGCCCAACGUGCUGGCCGGGAUCCCGGUGUACCGGGUGAUGGACCGGCAGGGCCAGGUGCUGCGCCCCUCCGAGGACCCCCAGCUGCCCAAGGAGCAGGUGCUGAAGCUCUACAAGACCAUGACGCUGCUCAACACCAUGGACCGGAUCCUGUACGAGUCCCAGCGCCAGGGCCGGAUCUCAUUCUACAUGACCAACUACGGCGAGGAGGGGACGCACGUGGGCAGCGCCGCUGCCCUUGACGCCUCCGACCUCGUCUUUGGGCAGUACCGUGAGGCAGGUGUGCUGCUGUACCGUGGCUACCCCCUGGAGCUGUUCAUGGCCCAGUGCUACGGCAACGCCAGCGACCCCGGCAAGGGCCGGCAGAUGCCGGUGCACUACGGCUGCCCCGAGCGACACUUUGUCACCAUCUCGUCCCCCCUGGCCACGCAGAUCCCGCAAGCCGUGGGCGCCGCCUACGCCAUCAAGCGUGCGGACGCGAACCGAGCCGUGGUUUGUUAUUUUGGGGAGGGGGCGGCGAGCGAGGGCGACGCCCACGCCGGCUUCAACUUCGCGGCCACCCUCGAGUGCCCGAUCGUUUUCUUCUGCCGCAACAACGGCUACGCCAUCUCCACCCCCACGGCCGAGCAGUACCGGGGCGACGGCAUCGCGGCGCGGGGUCCCGGCUACGGGCUGCUCUCGAUCCGCGUGGACGGCAACGACGUCUUGGCCGUGUACAACGCCACGCGCGAGGCUCGGCGCCGCGCCGUGGCCGAGAACCAGCCCUUCCUCAUCGAGGCCAUGACCUACCGGAUCGGCCACCACAGCACGAGCGACGACAGCUCGGCGUACCGCUCGGUGGACGAGGUGAAUUACUGGGACAAGCAGGAUCAUCCCAUCUCCCGCCUGCGGCUCUACCUGGCCAGGAGGGGCUGGUGGGACGAGCAGCAGGAGCAGGCCUGGAGGAAGAGCUCCCGAAAAAUGGUGCUGGAGGCGUUCGAGCAGGCGGAGCGGGAGCCGAAGCCGCCGCCUCACCUGCUCUUCUCCGACGUUUACCUGGAGAUGCCCCCGCGGCUGCGGCGGCAGCGGGAGGAGCUGGAGCGACACCUGGAGACCUACGGGGAGCACUACCCGCUCCAGCACUUCCAGAAGUGACCCCCGGAAUUCCCGGGAAUUCCUCGGGAUUCCUGGAAACCCCUCCCAACAAUUCACGGCAAACCCGUUGUGAUCCCGUCCCCAGAAUUUCACCUGGAGACCCCGCACCUGCCCACCCCACCCCACCCCACCCCACCCCGGGGAGCUUUUCCCGCUCCGGCGUUUCCAGAAGUGACUCCCGGAAUUCCCUGAGCACUCCCCAAAAAAUCCAUCCUGAUCCCCUCCCCAAGCAAUAAAUGGAAUUUUGGAGAGGAAAAGCCUCGGAUUUUUGGGGAGGGGUCCAUGGGAUUUUGGGACUGGAUGUUUGGAAUUUUGUAAGGAGGGAAGUCCAUCACCCCCUCCCCAAAAAAAAAAAAAUAAAAAAAAAUAAAGGAAGGUUCCGGGAGUGUCCAGAAU